AGCGGCCUGAGCACCGCGCUGCCCGACCAGCUGCUGGAGGACGGGCUCUUCCGCCAGUUCCAGCGCUUCGCGAGCGGGGGCGCCGGCGACAUCAGCGUCAAGCUCUCCCACACGCCCGAGCUGGGCCGCGUUGCGUACGUCAACUUCCGGCACCCGGGGGACGCCCGUGAUGCCCGCAGGCACGCCCGGGCCCGGCAGCUGCUUCUCUACGACCGUCCCCUCAAAGUGGAGCCUGUGUACUUGCGUGGGGGUCGCAGGAGCCGCACACCCCCGCCUGUGCCCUCCCCAGAGCCUCUGGGCUACCUGCCACCCAUCCACAGCACCUACCAGUAUAAACAGAGGUCGCUGUCGCCUGUUGCCAGCCCAUUGCUGAGGGAGCCACGGCCCCGGCAUGCUCAUGCGGCCGCUGCAGCCUUCGCCUUGGAGGCUGCUGCCCUUGGGCUCUCCCUGGAGCGGGAGAGGGCACUGGAUUAUUACGGGUUGUAUGAUGAGCGUGGCCGACCCUAUGGCUACCCCAUAGUGGCUGAGGAAGAUCUGAUGCCAGAGGAUGACCAGAGAGCCACUCGAAAUCUGUUCAUUGGGAAUUUGGAUCAUAAUGUCUCAGAGGUGGAGCUCAGACGUGCUUUUGAGAAGUACGGCAUCAUUGAGGAGGUGGUGAUCAAGCGCCCUGCUCGAGGCCAAGGUGGGGCCUAUGCAUUUCUCAAGUUCCAGAACUUGGAUAUGGCCCACCGGGCCAAGGUCGCCAUGUCUGGCCGGGUUGUUGGCAGGAACCCCAUCAAAAUUGGCUAUGGAAAAGCCAAUCCUACUACACGACUCUGGGUGGGUGGCCUUGGACCAAGCACAUCCUUGGCUGCCCUUGCUAGAGAGUUUGAUCGCUUUGGUAGCAUCAGGACUAUUGAUUAUGUGAAGGGGGAUAGCUUUGCCUAUAUUCAGUACGAGAGCCUGGAUGCUGCCCAGGCUGCCUGUGCGCAGAUGAGGGGCUUCCCCUUGGGUGGACCGGAUAGGAGACUUAGAGUGGAUUUUGCCAAAGCUGAAGAGACAAGAUACCCCCAGCAGUACCAGCCUGCACCACUCCCAGUGCACUACGAGCUGUUACCUGAUGGAUAUAGCAGGCACAGAAGCCUAGAGCAAGACUUAAGGGUGAGAGAUAGGACUCCUCCACAUCUCCUGUACUCAGAUAGAGACAGGAGCUUUGCAGAGGCAGAUUGGGCUAGUCCUGCCAAAAAUGCUGAGCGAAGAAAUAACUUGGAGAGCUACGGCCGAUCUGUGCGUAGCCGAAGCGGAGAACGUUGGGGUAGUGACAGUGACCGCAGUGUGCCCAAGCCUUGGGAAGAAAGGCGGAAACGCCGGAGUCUUUCUAGUGAUCGUGGCAGGAUUACUCAUUCGCCUUAUGAGGACAGAGGCAGGACAAAGGCCAGUGGGCCAGCUUUAGAUCGCAGCCCAGACAGGGUUCGCAAAGAGAACAACACUACAGAGUCUGGAACAGAGAGGGAUCAGAGUAACUCCCUUCAGAACAACCGGCACGUAUCUGAGGAGAAACCACAUCGUGAAACUUCUGAUCUUCCUCAACCUAAAAAAAGGGACAGCGAACGCAAUCAUCGGACUGGUGAAUCGGAAUCAAAAACUCACGAGGAGCCAAAAUCUGAGACCAAAAAAGUAAAGAACUUGUCAGAAUAUGCUCAGACACUGCAACUUGCUUGGAAUGGGCUUCUUGUGCUAAAAAAUAGCUGCUUCCCCACGUCUAUGCACAUCCUGGAGGGAGACCUAGGUGUAAUCAGUGGGCUCUUAAAAGACCAUUCAUCUGGUGGGAAGUUAACACAGCUCAAGAUUGCUCAAAGACUUCGGCUUGACCAGCCCAAGCUGGAUGAAGUAACUCGCCGUAUUAAACAAGGCAGUCCUAAUGGUUAUGCUGUGCUACUGGCUACCCAAGCCACCCAAGGAGGGGUAGGGGCUGAAGGGACCUUUCCUGUUGAGCCUGGCUUGCAGCGAAGGCUUCUCAGGAAUCUGGUCUCUUACUUGAAACAGAAGCAGGCUGCUGGGGUGAUCAGCCUGCCUGUGGGAGGGGCAAAGAGCAGAGACAGCACAGGCAUGCUUUAUGCUUUCCCUCCCUGUGAAUUCUCUCAGCAGUACCUUCAGUCAGCACUAAGGACAUUGGGAAAGUUAGAAGAGGAACAUAUGGUGAUAGUUAUAGUCAAAGACACUGCCUAGCCCCCACUGUCCCUUCAGAUUCCAUGUUUUCUUUGUGUGUGUCACAGCCCCAUUGUUUUUAAGACCAAUCAUUUUUGCAAAGGCCCAGUAAACCUUAAACAAAAUUGUGAGAUUUUUAGUUUCUAAUUAAUUUUAAUACCAUUUGAAUAGAUCUCAUUUUAUUUGUUUUUAAUAUGUGACACUGUCUACUGUGUUCUGUAUUUUUAUUUUUUAACUGUAUGGAAAGUUGUCAGUAAAGCCUUGUUCACUGAUGGAUUUUUAAUCUUGUGCAGUGUCUUGGUUUUUAUGGCCCAGUGAGGGGCUGGUUCCCUCACCCAAGAGGUAAAAGAUGAUUACUCCCUCCUUUUCCAGUGUCUCAGAGCUGUACAUCCCCGUCCUCUCUCCAGGUGCUCUGGAAGGUAGGGGGAAGGCUUCUUAAUGAUGUAUGAGAGAAAUGUAAAUGUCAAUAUUCUUGAUCUGUUUGCUUUGUAUAUUUUAAUUUGAAUUUUGACUUUUCUGCUAAAUCUCCAGUAUAUGAUAGAUGUUUCCCGGGUAGAUAUUUCCAAAGAAGUGAACCCUGAUGAAACAUAGAAAUUAACUUUUAUUAACAGCCAUUUAACACUUGAGACAGAAGCUGCUAGAAAACAUUCAUUUUCUUACCCAUUCGGUCACAGAGACUCAGAGCACCAAGAAGCAACAAAAUAUGGAAAGGCAAGGCUUGACAUUCCUGAUAAUUUGAAGGGGGGGGGGAAUGAGGCAGGACUAACCCUCCACACCUUUCCUUGCUGGAGACAGAACUCCUGGGGUCUCUCUUAUAAACAAAGGGUGCAAGCUUAAUUUCUUUGCAUAGGGCAGAGCUUGACUCAUUGCACUCCUUUAUUAAAAAUUAACUGCCAAAGUUAAAUUGUUUGCAGGAGUCUAAAGGAGGAAAAUACCUUUGAUGGUUUAAAAACAAUUAUGUACUGUUAGAAUUAAUUUUCCUAAGAUCCUGAGAAGUCUUAUCAUGGUAAGAGCAUAAACAAAGAAUGGAAUCUGUGAGGUGGUUGUCAGAUUAAGAAGCUAGGACGUUUGCCUCUGAUGUCAGUAUCUUAAGGCUGGGGGUUAGCCAUUCCAAGAGUGCAAGUCUGAUAGUCUUUAACCACAGUCUAGAGACAAGUUUCUAGGAUUUACAAAAAUUUAGCAGUUUGCCUUUGAGUUUCCAGACUUUUUUUCUAUUGUAAAUCACUGUGAGAGGCCCCAGAAUCUUGCACAGCCAGACAUGCAAAGUUGCCAAAGGUCCGUCUAAAUCUGUGCUGUCAGAUAAUAAUACUGGUAUGACUGGUAACGGAAGCUAUGUAAUUGGAAAGGUUCAUUCACUCUAAUAAAGCCCAUGUAGCCUGCAGAGAUUCAGACCAGGGACAGCACUGGUGGUGCAUGUUUGGUUGCUUGAUUCCGAAGGAUAAACAAUUUGUUGCUUUUAUUUAUUACUGUACGUAAAUUAAAAGUUGCUCUAUUGGAUGAGUUUAUUAAUGAGGCUUCCAGCUAGACUCACUUUUGUUACAGGUCAGCCAGAUUGAAAGCCCUAGUCAACCGCGUUGUGGCCAAGUCCCUGAGUGCUCUGGUCGUGUUUUGAUGAUCCCUUAUGUAACCUUUCAGCACGUUGAAGCCUUUUGUUUUCUGAAACUAAUGAUGCUAGUCUACAGGGUGAGCAUUCGAGUGCACACAUUCGCGACUGAGGGAAGACAGUGCAGUUAUGUCCCGCCUGUUAUUGCCGCGCCCUAAUGCACUGUGUGUCUUCUAGUGCCUAGCCUGGUUGGGUGGAGUGGCAGCGGUGGCUUGUUUGUUAGAUGACCUCAGCUGUCAGAAGGCAAGCUGCAGAGGAGACGCUUCCCUGAGGCCAAAGCCAGAAAACUGUUACUUGAGCUCUAUAAGGCCACGGCCCCCGUCAAUCAUCGAUAGACCCUCAGGUCACGAGGCCUUGUGCUUUGGCCAGUGAGUGCGCUGCCUGAUUUGCUGUUCAGUGGGGCUGUGUGUUUAUGA